AUGUCUGAUGAAACACAACGGUCUACAAUAAGUGAGCACGACAAAGCUGUGUUGGCCAGGAUUUUUAAUCCUGAAGCUCCAUAUCCACAAGACGAUGAUGAGAUUGAGAAUGAUUCAACGACGUCCGCUGUUAGCCAAUUGAUUGAGAAUGUUAAUGUCCACGAAGAAGAGGCCAUUGCUCUGGAGAUUGGUGCUGUCAAAGAAGCAGAGAAUGGCAACUUAUCUGUUGCAAUUGAAAUGUUAGGCCGUGCGAUCGACCUGGCCCCUUCACGAGCCUCUGGGUACAACAACCGGGCACAAGCACUUCGACUAAAAGGAGACACAAAAGGUGCAAUGGAAGAUCUUAAUAUGGCAAUUGAUUUUUGUUCUGGAGGUGAGACUGGAGUGUGCCAAGCUCAUGUCCAGCGAGGAAUGCUAAGACGGCUGGCGGGUGACGACAAAGGUGCUCUCGACGACUUUCAAAAAGCAGCUAACCUAGGCAACGACUUUGCACGUCAGAUGACCGUCAUGCUGAACCCUUAUGCAGCUAUGUGCAAUCAGAUGCUGUAUGAAGUGAUUGGAAAAUUGAUCUCAGGAGAUGAAUGA